GCGUGGGGCCAGCUGUCGUCUCGUGGAGGAGGCAGUCGCGGGCGGCUUCCCGCACCACGACGACGUCGCGCAGCGGCAGCGGCCUCCAUGACCGCGAGGCGGAGCGAGGAGGAGGCGGCGGCGAGGCGCGGCCGCCGUUGACAUCGACCACAGCGACAAGGCCGCCGCCCUGAGCCUCCCCGUGACCAUGGAGGGGGAGGGGCUGGGUCUCGAUUGCUCGACAGGGAAGCGCAAGAGGAAGGAACACCACUGCGAUGAGCCCGAUGGAGAUAUUUCUGAUGAAGAUGAGAGCGGCAGUGAUGAGAGUGAAGGCGAUGACGAUGAUGAAGGAGGCAGCAACGAUGGCUCCGACGACAGCGAGGAGGAGGGAGGAGACUCGGACGAGGACGCGGAAGAAGAGGAGGACGAGGAGGAGGAGGACGAUGACUGUGGGGACCAACCUGAGCAGAGCUCGGAUGAUGAGCGGGAAGGAUGCCCCAUCUGCCUCAAUGGCCUGCGGGACCAGGAGCUGGGAACCCCGGAGAACUGUGCCCACCUCUUCUGCCUCGACUGCAUCCUCGAGUGGGCCAAGAACAUGAAUUCCUGCCCCGUGGACCGAAAAGUGUUCACCAGUGUCAGUGUCCGCGCUUGCGUGGGAGGCCCGGUAUUACGGCAGGUGCCAGUGCAGGAUCACUUGGGCGCCGCGAAAGAUGGCGGGCAGGAGGAGGAGCCCACGUUCUGCGAGGUGUGCCGGAGCAGUGAUCGCGAAGACCGCCUGCUGCUGUGCGACGGCUGCGACGCUGGGUACCACAUGGAGUGCCUGGAUCCCGCGCUCGACACGGUGCCUGUGGAGGAGUGGUUUUGCCCGCAGUGCAGACCCGUGCGCCAGCAGACAGGAGCCGGAGAGGAGGGAGCUGGGCCGCUGGGCGUUGGCCACAGGCAGAGGCGGGUCAUCGCCAGGACGCGGCAGAGCGAGAUCGUUCGCACACGCGUCAACAUCAGCCGCAUCACGCGCACCCAGCAGAUCAGGCGUGCGGUGAGCCAGGUACCAGACACGCCGUCGGUGGACGAUGCCAUCAAUGCGGUGGCAUGCGGAGCGAGCACGGCCAUCUACUACAGGCCCGAGGGCGGCCCUCAGCGGAGGAAAGCGACACGGAGAAAGCGCCGCACGAAACGCCAAGGCCGAAAGACCACCGCUCGCAAAACAGGAGUCAAGAAACUCUUGGGCAGCAGCAGCAGCACAGGCACUGCCAAGCCUGGCAAGAGGCGGAAGGGGCGCAGGAAAAAGCGCAGAUUCAAGCGGCAGCGGCUCAAGAUGCCCAGGGUGGUGACGCCCCGCAUGCGGAUCGCCCGUAGCCUGCACCUCGGCAAGCCGAUGCACGGGCAGUCCGUGCCCUCCGUGUACCGGGCCCAGGACAACACCCCCCUGGGGAUGCAGAGGAUGGAGAUCGGGGUCACGGCGCUCUCCGUCUUCGGCAAUGUCAAUGACUUCGCCCCCGAGGAUGACAGCGAGCCGGAGCCGUGCAGCAGUGGCUCCCUCCCAGCGGAGCUCCACGCCGGGGCCAAACAACACGGACUCUCCAAGCUCGCCAUGCGCUCCCACCGGCCAGUCGCGCGGCCCAUCCCGUCGCAGCUCGCCGGGCUGGCGGAGGAGCCGUGUGAGCCUGCGAAGGCCGCGGCGGUGCCCGCGCCGGGGCCGGUGGAGGACGUGCUGGGCAGCAUCCUCGCCGGGCAGAGCAUGCUGCUCACCAGCAGCACCGGCACCAUCAUCAACCGGGACGGCAGCCUGCUGCGUGCCAAGCAGCCCGCCGGGCCGCCGCCACAGCAGCGCGGGACUUCAAAAACGGCCGACUCGACUGGCAGAACUUUGAAAGUGGAGAGAGUCAAAAGCCCCACGGCCAGGACUGUCAAAGAGGAUCCCGGUCCACCUUCACAGUUACCCGGAAACUCCGCCGCAUCUCCCCACGUCCGUAGACACCUGCCCGCAGCGACAGGGGCGGCUGCCAGGUCAGGGGGCGGCAGCGCCCCCGCCUCAAACGCUCCGCAGCGCGCGCCCGGCGACGUCGCCGCCGCCGGCAGCGUGCGGCACGCGCAGGACCCGCGCUCCCCACGCGAGUCCACGCACUCGGCCGCAGCCCAAACGACGGCGAGGUCCGGCCACGCGGUCGGGGGGUCCACCGCGGAGCGCGCGGGGAAGAGGCCUCGGCUGGAGCACCCGGCCGACGGCGGUUCGGGGCACGACCGCGUGGACUCCUCCUCCUCCUCCUCCGCCUCGCUGUCGCGCGACCCCUCUCGCGCACUGGACCCGCGCUUGCAGGGGCUGGCGUGUAGACGUGCGCAAAGGGGAGACUCUUUCGCUCAAAGCGGCCUCGCCAACGGAGCGCUGCCGUGGCCCGGCACGGGGUCCUCGGCAAAGGAGAGCCCGGCCGGCACGGACACGAGAGAGCACGCGUCGCCAGGCACGGGCCCGUCCGCCGCGGCCAGGCCGCAGCAGACGGAGGUGGAGACGCACAGCCGUAGCUCGGGCUCUCAGUCGAGUCACAGCAGCAGCAACAGCACCGCCUCCAACUCCAGCUCCAUCGACGUCACGCUCAUUAACUACGAGCAGAAGUUGCAGCGGCAAAAGAAGGCGGAAGAGGAGGCCAAGCGUGCCCUGAAGCCCUUCUACCUGAGCAAGGAGAUCAGCAAGCAGGAGUACAAGGACAUCCUACGCAAGGCUGUGCACAAGAUCUCCCACAGCUCGGCGGAGGUGAUCGUGCCCAGCAAGGUGGACGGCCUGGUGGUGGCGUACGUCAAGAACGUGAGGGAGGCACGGAGAUACUCGCAGGGACCGAGCGACGGCUAAUCCUGGCCGGGUCCCAGGGGCAUGAAUCGCAGCGCGGGAGGUACCUCCUGUGCUGCGAUGAAAUCAGGAGCAUAGAAACCUCCCCCCUUUAAUACCCCCCCCCCCCCCACCUCUGUCUUGUGUGGCUGGCUCCUUCGUCGCUGAACUGGAACACAAAUCAGGAUCGGAGUUUCCUCCGAACGGAGCGCAAGUCGGCUAGUUUUGGUUGUACAGUCGUGUGGUCGUAGGGCAGUCCGGCGGACAGCGCCCUCACCGCCGGCCUCUUCAUGCAGGUUCUUAAAAUGUUGACGCGUGCGACAGUUACCGAUGCUUUCUGCUGGGCAUUCGUACCACAGCGGCGGGGCACAGCCUUUCUAAGGGGAUGAGCAUGAUAAAAAAAAAAGACCCAGUGAUAUCAUUGAAAAGGGUGAGCUAUUGUGUGCACGCCAGCUAAAUGCAGAAUGUGAACGUGGGGCAGCGGGGAGCGGAGUGGGUGGCGCACGAUGCCACGAUCCCUUCUGAUCCCAGUUCCGCUCUCGCCCCCCCGCCCCCCGCGUACCGUCACCAACAUAAAUUUGUAUAUAAACCUCAAUUGGACCUUCACGCGUCGAUUCGGUCAAACCCAGUGAAGGGUAAUGCGUCGCGUGGACGUUGGUGCGGGGAGACAGAGGUGGGCAGGUGUACGAUGGUGCUGACCACACCAUCCCCUUGCUGUAUGCCAUGCUGGCCUUACUAGGUGCUCGCCGACUGCACUUUGAUGGUCUGCAAGGCUAAACGGGGGUUCUUUUUGUUUUAAACACAAAUGCAUCUUUGAAAAAGGAUGCAGUGUUUACAGUACACUUAAGCCGCCUUAGUGGAUUCUGCCAUAGUGCCAGAAUCUGCCCUGGAUCUGUAUGCAGGUUAGCAUUGUCCCCAUUCACAACGUACAAGUGCAGACUUGGAUAGAAAUGUAUUAAAGUGGAGAGCAGUGUACUACUCCUAGACAUGUGAAUGCAUUUUUAUUUGAUGCAUCACAUUGAAGCUGGAGUUCAUGACUAUUCGUAGUUGAACAUAGGGAUAAAUUACAACCUUAUCUGUUAUAAUUUAAUUAGUUUAGAUGCCUUGUGUGAAAUGUACUUUCAUGUAUUGAUACAACAAAAUAUUCACGACAGAAAUUCAAACUAUGAUGCCCUAAGCUGUUUUAGCCUUCAAAUUCUUCCAUCCAAAAAAAUAAACCCCAUGCUCUUGCGCUCAAGACGGCGGUGUUAUUUUGUAAAGAAUUUCUAAAUAAAAGCGUUGUUUUAUUCGCUUGAA